AGCUGAAUAGUUUAAGUUAUUAUAUUUUAAUAUGAAUACUGACAAAGAAAAAAAAGUUAAAAUUAAAAAGAAUAGAGCAAAGAAAUUUGCUCCUCUACCAAGUGAAAUUUCUAGUCAAGAUCGUGAUAAAUUUGACGAACUACCUGAACAAAAGAAAAAAAAUAAAAUUACUCAAUUGAAUCAAUAUCAACAAAAUUUUGAUGAUAGUUCCAUAUUAAAUCACACAAACAUUCAGAGCAUAUUGAAGCAAAAGAUGAAAACAAGAAAAAAUAUGAAAUUGAAAGGAAAUAACUCGUCUUAUGAUGAAUUUUAUGAUGCUUAUUUGGAGGAAAAAAAGGAAAAACUUAAAAUAUACCGGAAUCAGAAGAAAAGUUUUCUUAAACAUUUCCAAAAUAUCAAAGUAUCAACACCAAGAGGCAAAGCCCAAAAAAAUAAGACUGAUCUAGAGUUUGGAGUUUCACCUAUUCAACAGAAUGAGGAAGAUAAUGACUUGUCGAAAGGAUGUUUGGAUAGUUUUAGACGUCAAAAGUUAAGUGAUAUGGAAAAACUAGAAAGAGAACUAGAAACGUCAGCCUUGAGAUCAGCCAAAGCAUUACUAGCUAAAUGCAAAGAGAAUAAAAAUACAUUAAAAAGUUCUCAAAAUAUUGGCAAACUUGUUCAUUUAAACGUACCAUCGAGAACAACUACUGAUCAAAAAAUAAGACACACAAAGUCACCCAAAUAUUUGAAAAAGAAAAACACUAAAAGAACGCCUACCGUUGUAAACUUGAAUAUUCUUAAAGCAAGAAAAAAAUUACACGAAACUCAAAAAAAUGAAAGCUCUUUUAAAGAUUUGAAUUCUAAAGCUGAUAACCAUUCUUUUCAUUUUUCAUCUUUCCAACAUGAUAUAUCUAAUGAAGCUCAAAACUUAACUAAGAAUGUAUUAAAAGAACAAGAUCUGACUUUACAUCAUGAUUUAAAGGUUUUCAAAGAGGAUUUAAAUGUGACGGGGGAUAAUAAAUCAACGAACUUCGUUGACAACAACCUUUCCAAACACGUAAAUUUAACAACACACAAGAAACCAUCUGAAAAGAAGACUUAUGACGCCUCAACCCUGAAAAGAAAAACAACUGAAACUCCUUGUGAAACUCAAUAUGAGAUAGAUUCUACAAAACAUCCAACUCAGAAUUAUCAGCAUGAAGUUAUUGUUGAUAAAAGUGAAUCGUUACAAUUUAAGGGAAAUAUAAUGACAAGAAAUCGUUCUAAGAAAUCAGUGACAAUGAAUUUAGUUCCUUUGAUAAGGAAGUUAAGCGCUGAGGGUAUUGAAGGGGAACAAUCGGGAAAAACUUUAAUUGAAGCGAAGUUCUCAAAAAAAUCAGUUGGGUCUUCUGUUCUUCCACUUUUAAACGACAGAGAAAAAAUCAAUUUGAAACCUGGAAAAUGGCGAAGAUCAUUGAUCUCAUAUCGUAAAAGUUGUCCUCAAAAAAACCGGACAAAUCGCUCUAUUAUUUAUGAAGAAAGUAUUGGAGAUCAAGCACAAAUCUUGGAUCAUUGUAUGCCAGAAUUACCGAAAAAAGCUGCAUUGUUGGAACAAUCAGAUGAGGGAACUUUACAUGCGGCAUUGUCGAUUCUUGACUCGUCAAUUAAAUGUGCAACAACCUUCCAAGAUCAACGGAAAACAAGCCAACGACAAACCAGUGUCUUCGAACGUUCAUCAAUCUUUUAUGGUCUUCAAGAGCCAGUAAUUGAUGAUGAUUCAUCAACCCCAAUUUUAAGUGCAUGUCAAAUUGUUUUACGUCGCUGCGGUCAACAGGAACCUUUACCUUUUAAUGAGGUUUAUUCAGAGAGCCUUUUGCCAAAUUGCUGCAAAAUAGGAGAAGGUGUUUAUGGUGAAGUUUUCAUGUACAAAUGCCCUAAAACUCACCAGCCGAUUGUUUUGAAAAUCAUUCCAAUCGAAGGUAAUCAGUUAGUUAAUGGCGAACCUCAGAAACGCUAUGAUGAAAUACUCCAAGAGAUUAUCAUCUCAAUGGAAUUGAGUGGCAUGAGGAAUAAUAAAGACUAUGCAACAAAUGGUUUUGUAAAUGUACAACGUGUUUUAUGCGUUAAAGGCGCUUAUCCUCUUCAUCUUGUUGAUGAAUGGGAAUUGUAUCGUGAUAAUCGUCCUGAAGGAAGUGACAACGAUCAUCCAGAAAUCUUUGAUCAUAAUCAAAUUUACAUUGUCUUUGAAUUGUGUAAUGGUGGAAAAGAUUUGGAAGCUUUUGUCUUUAAUAACGCCGCUGAAGCUCAAUCUGUGUUUUUACAAACUGCAUUAACUCUUGCUGUUGCUGAACGUAAAUUUGAGUUUGAACAUCGUGAUUUACAUUGGGGUAAUAUUCUCAUCGCACCAACAACAAAUAAAUCUGUUGAAUUUCGUUUUGACAGUAAGGUUGUCAAAUUGCCGACAAAUGGAGUUAAAGUCACAAUAAUUGAUUACUCGUUGAGCCGAAUGGUUUAUGACGGUGCUGUACUCUAUGAUAAUUUAGCGCGUGACGAAGAACUCUUCCAAUCAACAGGAGAUUAUCAAUUUGAUAUUUACCGUUUGAUGCGUGACCGUGUUGAAAACAACUUUGAGCGAUACGAACCGUUUACAAAUCUUUUGUGGCUUCAUUACAUCGUCGAUAAGCUCAUAAACGGAGCACGUUAUCGCUAUUCGAAAACGAAGAAACAUCGCUCCGCUGUCAAUGAGUUGAUGCAAGAACGCGAUGAGCUUUUGAACUUUUUAAGCGCAUCCGAUUAUGUCGACAGUUUGGAGAUCUGAAAAAGGGGAAAAAAAAUAUGACUAAUCAAAAACAUUUAUUUUUUAAAACCAUUUAAUUCUUCACACAUAUGUCUUCUAUAUUCUAUUUCGUAAACCAGAGAAAGAAAGUAGUGAAAAGAAAAAGUAAUGAAUCCAGCCAUAAAGAUGGAAUUAUAUGAUUGCUGUUUAGUUUACAUUUAUGAACAAGAACAAAAUGAUUAUAACAUUAGCGAAAUACUAACAAAAGAAAUAUGUUUAACUAAAAUGUUUAUUUUUCGGUUUGAUGGACAAAGAAAUAAAAUUAUCAUUUACUCUGCUUUUAGGAAACAAAAACUUAAUUCUUUUAAUUAUUCAUUAUUUUUCGAUGUUUCAUCAGGUUCAAAAGAUUCGUCAGAUUCCAUGAUCUGAACUGGUAAUCUAUCACCCCAUUGUGAAGCUUUAGCACAUUUGUAAACAGCUUUUCCAUGUUUAGUUGGAGUGAAAAUACCUUCUUCAAUUUUUCCAUUUUCAGUGCACAUUCGACAAACAACGUGCCUAUGACGAAUUAAUGGAGACCGAACAAUUCUUGGCCAACGCUUAGAUUCCAUUAGUUUUCCUUUUUUGAUGACGAGAUAACUGUAGACGUCUGACUUUAGAAGUGAAGGACCAGAAAAUGGGAGGCUUUGGUAUGCAACACUGAAGUUGCAUGGCGUGUUAUCGUGUAAAGCAAGUCUAGGGCAUGAACUUUCAUGUGGACAUGGAGAAAAAAUGAAAGCAUCAUCUUCAUUAAUUUUCAUUGAUUUUACUAAGUAUUCCCGGAUCUCACUAAGAACUUGAAAACCUGCAUAUGUUCCAACUUCUACGAAAACAAGAUAAUUCGCGGAUUUUUUGUAAAGAUUUUUGGCAACUUCUAAGCGUUUUCUUAAGUCUGGAAGCUCAAACAUCGAGUAAGCUGACAAGACGAUAUCAUACAAGUUAUUUGAAGCGGGAAGAAAUUGUCGAAAAUAAAUAUUUUUUAGUUGUAACGUUUUGUUCAUAUCGCCAUCCCGAAGAAGAAGAUCAGCGAGAUUAUUCAUAGCAGCAGAAGCAUCAACGCAAUAGUAUUCAUGUAGUGAUGAUCUCCAUAAUUCAUGCGCUGCCCAUGCACCAGUUCCAACACCUGAACCAAAAUCGAAAAAGCUUUGUGGCAUAAAAUCUGGUUCACGUUUAAGAAUUUCUAUGAAUAUUUUCAUAAUUGCUGCAUACUCUUGAGCUGACCGUCCGAAAAGAUAUAGAAGUGACUGAUGAUCGUCAUAAUUUAUUGCUUUCCAACUAUAAAUUCGUUGCUUUACAAUUGCUUUGACUGUCUGAUUCUUUCGUGAAUGAAACAAUUUUAAAGCAUUAUUAUCGUCAUCAUUUUGUGGAAAUUUUGGAAGUUUAUAUUUUAUUGGAUCUGCUAGGACAAGUUCUUCAAUUUCUUUAAUUCUUUGUUUCAUGUUUGCUUCUUCUAUUGGAGCUUUACGACAUUUUAUAUAUCGAUCAAGGACUGCACUAUUGUCGCAUAAUGUUUUCAUUGGGAAAUCGCCAAUAACUUUUGGCAUUGCUUUCACUAUUCUUUCUGGUAUUGAAAUAGGAGGAGUUUUACAAAUUCCUUUAUGUUUGCGAGGCUUAAUCUGUUUUUCCAUAAUUUGUUUUUCUGUAUCAUUGUCUAAUUUAACUUUCAAAGUCGCUGCACUAACUUUGGAUGUAGAAAAAUGAGCAAAAAAUUCACGAGAAUGACUUAAAACGCUCAAGGAACCUUUAUAAUUUGAAUAACUUUGAUAAAUUAUAUUUUUUAAGACCAGC